UGUGUGUGUGGGUAUGUGUGUGUGUGUGACAGUAGGGGUUACGGCAGAAGAAUAAAAGCUAGCAGCGCCCCUUUAUUAGCAUUCCGGUCCUUCUCUCCCGCCUCGCUGUCCUUCUCUCCCGUCUCUCUCACUGCCAGCUGCUCAGACACAAACAGUCUUAUGCAACUAACCAGGCCUCAGCUCACCAACAGGAAUCCUACACAGUAUGGGACCAUAAUGGGGAGAAACAAAACUACAGAUAGAUAAAUCCACCUGCACAGAGCACCGGCUUUUUACAGAUCCAGCUUCCAAUCUUUUCGGAUCUUUUUGUUAUUUCAUCCUUUUGGGGUCUUUUUGUGACUUGCUAGUAUCCCGGUUACGACUUUGCCCUGCCGCUUCUGAAAGGAAAGUCUCUUCAGGCUACAAAAGACACUUGAGACGUAUAACUUCCUUUGAACAGUCUGCUGAAUUCCAUAGAAAGAGACAGAGAAGUGAUAUGACAACAGUUCUACCAUUUCCAAUCUUGUGUGUUCUCAUCUAGUGUUCUAGCCUGAGCAGAGGUCGUUUCAGUGCCUGAGGAUGCUGAACCUAAACUCCUCGGACAGCAACAGUAACUCCUUGUCGGACCCCGUCUCCCUCAACGUUGGCGGUGAGAUCUACACUACGACCCUGGACACUCUGACUCGCUACCGAGACUCCAUGCUGGGCGCCAUGUUCACCGGACAGAUCUCUACGCUUAGGGACAAACGCGGAAACGUUUUCAUUGACCGCGACGGGAAGAUUUUCCGCUAUAUCCUGAACUUCCUACGUUCCAGCUCCCUGGACCUGCCGGACGGGUUCUCUGAGAUGAGGCUGCUGAGGAGGGAAGCAGAUUUCUUCCAGAUACGACCCCUACUGGACGAGAUACAGCGGCACGUUGAGGCUGGAGCGCUCAGCCUGAGAGAUGCACCCAGAAGAGCCUUGCUGGUGGUGGACGUGGACUGCCAGGUGCGCGUGCUACACUUCAACCUUCGGCGUGCUCCCGAGAACUACGAACUCCGCACAUGCUCAGUGCGCAUCCUCACCGCCGAAAUCUUCUGCACCUGGCGUACCUUUCUGGUUCUCCUCUGUGAGCGUUUCUCUUACCGCACAACCCAGGGUCUUACUUCCCCCCUCCCCAGUGACCGGCGCUACAACCGUCUCAAACUGGAGUGGGUUCCCCGGCCAGACGAACUUCCCCAGGACCAGUAUGAGAAACAGCGGUACAGAGGACUCGUCAUCUCGGACUCUUGGGCCACACAGACCCACUUUGGUGACCUCUGUGAUGCCAUCACCCCUAGCCGCAGCCCAUGUGAGGUCAAAGACAUGCACAGGUUUUUGGAGGAGCUGCUCACGGUGUCUUUGGCAGAGGGUUUUAGGGUUGACUCGGUGACUCCUGACUCCAUGGACGUUUUGAACUGCCAUACUCUGCAGCUUGUACGGUAGUGAUGUAGCUCAUUCCAGCUCACCACUGAACCACCAGUUAUGGACUUAAUCAGACUAAAAUAACAAAGGUCACCCAAUAAUGUUUACAACCUACUGCACAUGACUGCUUAUGGAUGGUCAAUAAUUAACAUACUUUACUAAUACUGUAAAGUUCAAAGGUCGCUCUAUGAUGUUUACAAUCCUCUCUUUGGUGUGAAGCUGAGAGUGAUCCUGCCAUCUGAACCCUCUAACGAAUUCUAACCUGCAGUGGAACAGACUGUUCUUGACGUGUUCUAGUCUGUUCUAAACUGUAGGGUCGGCCUACAUCUGGUUUUACAGAAUAUACCCUGUCCCCAACGAUAAGGAAUGGUUGUCCGUUCAUCCUGUUGGAUGAUCAGUGCAAUUCUUAAAGAGGCAGAGAGAGACAUAGACCGGGUGUGUGAUUAGACGGAGUGUUUGGUGAGUAACUGUGAGAAUGUAGGAGGGGGGAUCCGAACAUUCCAAAGAGUGGGUAUCAGUACUUCUGCUGGUAAUGUUUUGUAAAAAAAAGUGUUAGAGAACUGUGUAGCAAACUGACCAGUCUGUAGAGUUGUUUACAGCACAUCAAGUACACUUUAAUAAACACUACGAAAUGAAAGUUAUUACUCACUGAACCCCUAUCAAUCAGACUGAUGCAAGCUCCUGUCUGGUAGACGGAAGCGGGAUAAGAUGUGUAAUUUUUGAUUGGAGGAAGGAAGGAAGAAAUAUGUGAGAGGAAAAGAUGAGUAUGGGAGAGCAACAUGGAGGACUGUAGUGCCCAAAAACCUGUUUUUGCAUGGGCAGCACCAUUGGGGACUUUCAUUAUUUUUAAGUAGUCAACUGGGUGGUACUUCUUAUGUGUUAAGGAAGGAUCACAUGAUUCCAUACGGGUCAUCAGGAGGGAUCAGCCAAUUAAUUAUAUUCGUCAACCUUGGCUUUUCAAACAACAUGCUCUAGGUGGCAGUAUGCAUGCCAACUCAUAGAAGUAGAAGAACAAGAAAAUGGACUACUUCAAAAUGGAGAUGGCCUCAAUGGCGCUGCCCAUGCUCAAACAAUUGCCAUAAUGGGUCAGAUACAAUAAUGUGAUGUCUAUCUAAGCAUAUGGAGAGGAAAGAUGCCUGGUUGGAAAACAACCUCUAGCCACUUCCUCCUACCCCCAUCUACUCAGCUCGCAAUGCAUCUGUAACUUGCAGAUCCAAAGGAAACAUAUAAAGUAUGUGGUAGGAUUAUGGUCAUGGCUUUGCUAUUAUCCUUCCAAUAAUGUUUUCAGUGUUUUGAAUGAACUCAAAAGCAAAUGAAUGAAUUCACUGGCUGUAUAUGUAUCUCUACAGGGGCGAUACAGUGGAUCCCCAACUUUCUACAUCACAACUCCCUCACAAGGAGCUGAGGUCCUGAGCUAAUAAUGAGCGAACACUGUACAUUUUUCCAUUAUGUACAACUUGACCACAAAAAAAAAGCACAUUCCUAUUGAUUUGCAGGGUCUUUUGUUUGCUGGUGUAGCAAUGUUUAAUCAAGCAGAUGGGGUUGAAAUUAGCAGGAAAAGCAAUCUUUUGUAUGACUUUUCUUCAGAGUGCCUUAAACUAUCAUGAUUCUAAUACAGUUAAUAAUUGCCAAGCACUAAAUCAAGUGAAGUAUAAUCUCUUGUGGUUGCGUCUCAAAGACUGUUAUGUUGUAUCAUACAAUUACUCCGAAAAGUGCCAUCAAUGUGAGAUCAUUGUUUACACUAUAAGUAAUUCUGCAAAAUAAACAUCAUGAGUUUGAGACCUUAUACUUCAUGCAACAUCUGUUCACAAUAUAACAUUGCUUUCGGAAAAUCUACUAGGGGAAAUUCCAAAGUUGACUUU